AUGCGAGACGACAUUGAAGCUACAUCAGCGCUUACGGACAUGAAUUGGGGAUGGAUAGGAGAAUGGGGUAGAGGCCGUACACGGUGCAGAAUUAUUUCGUCCACUCAUGCUGUCUCUGAAAAAACAUACAAUCGGAGUUGUAAGGGAUAUACGAAACAUACAAGAAAUCUUUCUGAUGAGGACCUCUUCAAUCAUGAUAUCGCGAAAGCACUCAAAGAUGUAUGCAACGAAUGGGAUUACGUCAAUAUUCCUGUGACCUACAAUGAAAGCUUGCACUGCUUUCUUGACUGGGCUAUAUUAAAUUAUUACUAUAACUAUGACCCAAUCAAUCAUGACCCUAUCUAUUGGAUACCAUGGUUUCCCGGAUAUGAACAGAAUUCCAAACUAGCUGCGGAGGAGUUUCGCCUUCAACGCGGACGAGCCUUCUGUGAUGCGGUAAAUUACAAGUGA